AUGGCGACACUCGAUUUUCUCCAAGCCUUCCGGGCUCCUUAUCCAGACCAAGCCUCUGGCUUUUGGGGAGAACAAACAUCGACUCUCAAUUUUUGCGAAGAGGACUACGUGCUCUCCUUCUACUGCGCCGAGCUCUGUAAUACAUUGACGAAUGGGUUGUUCCUAUGGCUCGGGGCGAAAGGAAUUCACAAUUGCAUCAAGUAUUCCCACCCGAGUAUUUUCAUGGUUGCCUACGCCGGGUACAUUGUGGUGGGAUUGGGGUCCAUGUCCUUCCACGCCACCCUCAAAUAUCCGAUGCAGCUUGUCGAUGAGCUUUCCAUGAUUUACACUACUUGCCUCAUGAUGUAUGCGAGCUUCUCCUUUUCGAGAUCCAGGGCGUUCUCGAUCCUACUGGGAGUUAGCCUUCUUGGCCUGGCCGGAUUCAUCACGUUGUACUACCACAUCACUAAAGAUCCAGACUUCCAUCAGGCCGCCUAUGGUCUUCUCACGGCCCUCGUUGUAUUCCGGAGCAUGUGGGUUAUGGAAUCGCAGCUGCGGCCGGCACUGGAGGCUGAGGGUACAAAAAAUUCGGGCGAGCUGCUCAAGACAAUGUGGACUAUGGUUAUCACUGGACUCCUGGUCUUCUUAGGCGGAUAUCUACUUUGGACGCUGGACAAUGAGUUCUGCCCACAAGUGACGGGAUGGCGGCGCACUAUUGGUCUUCCAUGGGCAGUGUUGCUCGAGGGCCAUGCAUGGUGGCAUCUGAUGACCGGUCUCGGUAUGUUUUCGCCGUACUACUACAUCACUUGGGGUAUUUGGCUUCGCCGUUGCCUGACUGCACACGACGACGAGUAUGUGCUGCAUUGGCCGCGCUUGUUUACCUCAAUCCCCGAAGUUCGACGGGCCAAGCAGCAGAGCGCGAAACAACAAUGA